GUUUUGAAGACGUUUCCAACAUGGCUGCUCCCUUGUAGACGUUUCCUGGGGACUGUCGUGUUUGUGUGGAAGCUGUAAACCACUCAGGAGCGCAGAACAGUGCAGUGGAUGCAGUGACCACAUGAGAGGAGGCGUGACGCUGCCGGGUCAUAUGAGCGUCAGCAGCGGCUCAGCGGUGCCACAGAGCAGCAGCGGCGGCACUGACCGGGUCGCAGGCAGGGAUGAGGUGACCAGAGGCGGACAGCAAGCACCACAGUGACAGGUGAACUUUCUCUCUCCGGCCGUCUUAAGCUCACUCCACGAUGUCCAAGUCGUCACUCUUGAAAGUCAUCAUCCUGGGCGACGGCGGCGUUGGCAAAUCGUCGCUCAUGAACCGCUACGUCACCAACAAGUUUAACACUCACCUCUUCCACACCAUUGGCGUGGAGUUCCUCAACAAGGAGCUGGAGGUGGACGGCCACCACAUCGUUCUGCAGAUUUGGGACACGGCGGGUCAGGAGCGUUUCCGCAGCCUCCGCACGCCUUUCUACCGUGGCUCCGACUGCUGCCUGCUCACCUUCAGCGUCGACGACGGGCAGAGUUUCCUCAACCUGGCUCACUGGAAGAAGGAGUUCACUUAUUACGCAGACUUAAAGGCCCCGGAUAGCUUCCCCUUUGUGGUCAUUGGCAACAAACUGGACGUUCCUGAACGUCAGGUGUCAGGAGAGGAUGCGAGGAAGUGGUGCCGUGAGAACGGCGGACACCCAUACUUUGAGACGAGCGCCAAGGACGCUACAAAUGUAGCGUUGGCCUUCGAGGAGGCCAUUCGCCGCAUUCUUGUGACGGAUGAUAGAGCUGACGACCUCAUCCACACUAACACGGUGGAUUUAUCAAGAAAGACUCACACUGAUUCCACCUGCUGCUGAGUUGAGGGACUCACCCAGCAGGAGUUCAUAUGAUGUCUUAGUUAUGCCAUUGAUCUGAGGCUACAUCCAUGCUAAUACACUUUAGCUUUAAAAAGGAGUUUCCAAAUUUCUGAAAUGCAGAACUUUUUGAAAGCUUUUUUUCAGGUUUUAAUCUGGACGGACAAAACAUUUGAAAACAUUGAGACAUUAGCUUUGUGAUAUGUUUUUAGCAGUUGCAUCUCCACUGCCUCUGCUCAGAGGUUUAGUUUCCUGUUCCUAGUGUUCUGUGAAACUAAAGCCUCUUUCACACUAAAAUGAACAGGUGUACCUGGAAUAUUCCCGUUGCCAGUGGGAAUUAAUGCUAACAUUGAGUGUACUGAAUCAUUAAAAUCAGUUCAUUAAAAGCAAAGCACUAAGUGUGAUGACACUGAACCACCAAUAAACAAGUAAACCAAUUUAAUGACUUUGGUUUUCAAAACUUAUUUAGAUACCGAAAUGUAUCUGAAUAUCUAGAUUUGAGUAAGAUGCUUAAAAAAAAGAAUUCUCCACACACUACCCUGGUGAUCGAGCAGCUGCUUACUUCACUUAUGCCUUGGGUCGGCUCUGACACCUGGACAACAAAAAUAUGCAUCAGUCACAUGUUCCAUUAAUUUUUCCACACUUGAAAAAUGGCUGGGUUCAAACAGCAUCUUGAUGUAAAUACCUGGAAAUAAAAGCUCAAAUAUUGUCUUAUAAACAUUAACUUUGAUGUCAAACCCAUAUGUUUUCAUUGUAAAGCAAAAAUAAAGGAAAUUGCCUCACUGUUCCAAGACUUUUGGAGGGGACUGUAUUAGUGUGAA